AUGGCUCGUAUCAAUAAAGAGGCCAACUCGCGCUUCUUUACUUCCAUCCCCAUCCUCGACUUCUCUCAAACUGCGUCAGUAAAGACGAAACCUGGCUUCAUCAGGGAACUCAGAGAUGCACUCAUCAAUGUGGGCUUCUUCUACGUGAAGAACACACCUCUGCCGGCACAGGUAGUCAAAAGCCUGAUGGCACAAACAGUGAACGUGUUCGAUAUGCUCAUGGAAAAGAAGCUGGAGAUGGCGAUGAUCAACAGCAAGCAUUUCCUCGGAUACUCUCAAUUAGGAGCGGAGAAGACCGGUCAAAUGGCGGACUAUCGAGAACAGUUCGACGUACACUUUAUACUCUCACCGUUAGAAGACAAGCAUGCUAACCUCCACAUCCAGUUCAGUACCGAAUUGCCAGCCCCCGCUCCUGACGAGCCGGUGUAUCAAAAUGUCCGCGGUCCGAAUCAGUGGCCAGACGAGACUGUUGCUCCUGGAUUUCGCCACGUUAUAGAGACGUACCUCAGGGUCAUUAAUCAAAUUGCCGAAGCAUUCAAAAUGCUGGUUGCCGAAGCCCUCGAUCUGGAGCCAGACUCCUUACAUCGCCUGUUCGAUGUCCCGCCGCAAAUCAAAAUGAAACUAGUCAAAUAUCCUCCACCGCCACGAUCUUCCGGUUCAGAAGAGCAUAUCAAUCUACAAGGAUCUGGGGCGCACAAGGAUGGCAGCUUUCUCACUUACCUGCUGCAAGGAACCCCUCACCUGGGCCUUGAAGUGCAGAACAAAGCAGAAGAUUGGAUUUCGGUGCCCCCAAUCCCUGGGUCGCUGGUUGUCAAUAUCGGUCGGUCCCUGGAAUCAAUCACGCGAGGGGUCUGUGUGGCUACCACCCAUCGAGUGCGCCUGGAUAGCGACUAUUUUAGAGCUACCGAUGGCAGCUCGCUCGGGCCCCGUUAUUCCUUCCCAGCAUUCCAGAGUUUAAGCCUGGAGCUCACGCAAGAAAACAUGUUUUUAGAUCUUCCAGCUCAUAUUACUGCACUGGCGAAGGACCGAGAACUGAAUUCCGACGUCGAAGAGGCUUUUAAGCACGUGUACAAUGGCAGCAUUGGGGAAGGCACUUUCAUGGCACGCCUCACAAGUCAUCCAGAUGUCGCACAGAGAUGGGUCCAGUCAUCCUUACGCGGCCUCCCCUUAAACCUAGGCCUUCGUAAUCCGUACGAUUCCCGCGCAAAACAAGAGAGAAAAGAAUGUUUUCAGAAAUUGGCUUCAUUCAUAAAUGCCUCACCAGAUGAGAUUGCCUUCGGACCCUCGUCGACGCAACUCUUUCACAACCUCGCCCAGAGUCUCGAGCCUUCACUCGCCACCGGUUCCGAGAUCAUUAUUUCAAACCUUUGCCAUGAAUCUGCUAUUAAUGCCUGGUUGCAUCUGGCCAAGCGUUCACGCGCCACUGUCAAAUGGUGGACCCAUCCGCCAACCAAUAAUCCAACCCUGUCCCUGGAGAACCUGCGGCAGCUUCUCUCUCCCAAGACUCGACUUGUCACCUGUAAUCAUGUUUCGAACGUUUUCGGGACAAUUCACGACAUUCGUGCUGUUGCAGAUAUGGUACAUACAAUACCCGGUGCGAUGCUCUGCGUAGAUGGGGUAGCGCUGGCACCACACCGGCCCAUUGACGUGAAGGCGCUGGAUGUGGAUUUCUACUUCUGCAGCUGGUACAAGAUCUUCGGCCCUCAUAUUGCCCAGCUGUACGCCCAUCAGAGGGUUCAGGAGCGGCAAAUGAUGAGCAUCAAUCAUCCAAUUCCGAGCCCAUCUGCCUGCGAUGCCAAACUGCACCCGGGGAUGGGUUGCUUUGAACUAGAACAGAGUUUGAUCGCCGUAGUGGACUACAUCAAUUCUAUCGGCUGGAGUAGUAUUGUUCACCAAGAGAUGGUUCUUCAGGAGGCACUUUUGAGUUAUCUUCACAGCAGGAUGGACACUUUCACCGUUUAUGGGGAACCGUCUUCGGACCCGUCGAGGCGCAUAUGCCUGGUCAGCUUCCGUGUUAAUGGGCGAUCAUCGAAAGAGAUUGAAAACAUCAUCCAGUGCCACACCAACUUCCGCAUUGCCAGCGGACAUGCCUAUUCGUUUCGGUAUGUUUAUGAUGUCCUCGGGCUUCCGGAAGACGGGGUGAUACGUGUGAGCUUCGCCCAUUAUAACACUCUCGAGGAAGUAAAAGGAUUUACGAACAUGUUGGAUCAGCUGCUCGCGAACGAGUUGGAAGGCCAUACCCUUCCCUGUGGACUUUGCGGAAUGGGUCAAUAG